UGUCUCUUUUUUCUCACCCCGCGGUCUGGGACUUUAAUGAGAGGCGGAGCUGCGGUGACAGGGAUUAUUCAUGAAAAAACACUGACAUUUUUUCAAACAAACGCCUUCGGGUUUUAGUCACUUGCCAGUUAGUGGCGUUUGAGGACACAGAAAAACACAAGCCGACUCUUUUUUUCCCCAGCUGAUAACCCCACAGGCAGAUUUCAUGAAACGCUACGGCGCUCUGACGCCAGACAGCAGGAGACCUAACAGAUGAGCGGAAAAAACGACCGCUUCUCGAUGACACGACGCACUGGCCUUUAUUGCUCAAAUAUUUCAACUUCAAUAUGUUUUAUAUUCGUAAAAUACAUUUUCCCGCCGCCUUUACAAUUCUUUGCUUCUUAGUGUCUCCGGUGCUGCUAAAAGAUACGACAACGUGUCGGAUUGGAAACCCAAAAGAUCAUGUUGAUGAAAGAUGUCCUGUGGAAAUGAUAAGUUCUACAGUCGCUGGGAAGGCUUACUCUGAAUGCGUUUCUGUUUAUGUCUGGUUGAAAGCUGAGGAUUUUAACAAGAGCCCGAAGCUUAAAAUUCUCAGUCCAAUUAAGAAGACACUUAGGCCUACCCUGAAAAUACUGCCACAGAAAAUACAGCGUGAGAAUAAAACACGUAAAAGUGAAAAGUUCAGCUGUUGCGACUGUAACAUCCCACAGUUACCAGAGAGAAACACCAGUCUUCCCAUGUGGGUGCUUGCAUAUGACUGUGUAAUGGCAAACACUAGAAACAUUGUUUCUGUGUUCUACAGCACAAAAUCACUGAGCUGCAAUGUCACUUACAAAGUAGAAGAAAGCCCAGACUUCGAUCUGUCUGUGGAUUCGUCAUCUAAAUCUAUCACUGUCGCUAUGAAGAGAAAAUCCAUCAACGUCACCACGAAGACUGAAUCUUUUACUGUUGCCAUGAACACUGAGCAAGUCUAUGUCAGACACUGUUACAAAAAUGUAUGGAAAUGCAAGGGCGAGACCGAGCAGCAUCCCCUGAAAGUGAGUAUUACGGGCAAGUUUACUUAUUACCUUGUUUUUGGUAGUGUUUGCACACUUAUGUGUCAUUCUAAUGAUACAUCCCAGUCAGUUAUUCUCAACAUCUCUUACCUGCUGCCCUGUGUGUGCAUAGAGGCAUAUUACACCCACGCCGACGCAACGCGGCGUAAAAAGUGCCCAAUUGAAGAGACGGGAGUCAUGGAUGCCAGAGAUGUGUUUUCCUCCUCUGAAAUCACUUUCUACACGGACAGUUUUACGCUGAAAACACUGUGCCCAGCCAGCCAGCUGAACAUCUCUGCCUCCCUCUGCUGGAUGCAGCACAAACACCUCUGCACACCUGUGCUUAACUCCACCCUAAAGAAGAAAGACGAGCUUAAAUAUGACACUACUGCAGUGGACAAACACCCUCAGAUGUGUGUGCAGCUUUCUGUACAAGGCAUACGUAACAUCUCUUGCCCUUUUACAGCAGAUAAGCCUUCUUGGGAGGUCUCUAUUGGACUUGGAAGGCAGAUGAUAAUCGUACAUGUCAACUCGUUUACUCCAGCGACGUUCUCAAGCCAACUCUGUAUCUUUACUGAGAGUGGAUGCACAGCUGUAGGGAAAGCACAUUCAGUUACAAUGGAAGGAAACAGAAGUGAAAAAAUAAUAAAUUUGCCUCUUCACUUUUAUUCUAAAAAUCCUUGCAUCCAGGUGUGGCAGUCGGAUCCUGCUCGUCAUGGAAGAAGAAUUUUGUGCCCACACUACACGCACAAUAGACGUGGCUUGUAUGCGGUGGCAGUUCUGAUAUUUGUGUUUGUAGUUGCAUUGUUUGGAAUUUUUAUCCACCGUGCUACAAAGAGGGGAGCUGCAGGUUGGCUGUAUAUCCAGAGGCCACUGCUGCUGGUGUGUUCAUCAGGUCAGUCGGACCAUAUCUCUGCUGUGUGUGCAUUAGCCUCAAUUCUUCAGGAGGACCUAGGUGCCACAGUAUGCACACCUCUGUGGGCGCAAAACUCUCAAAGCCAGGAUGAGUCAGGGCCUGGUGUGGCAGAUCUGGGCCCACUUCCCUGGCUGUAUGGGCAGUGGGAUGCUGUCUGUGAGGAGCAAGGAAAAGUGCUUGUAAUUUGGAGUCCUGAAGCCAAGAAAACCUAUGAGAAGUGGACAAUGGAGAGGGCAAACACAGAUAAGAGUGAAAGAAAAGAGGAAGACUGCAGAAAUGCACACAUGAAACAUGAGAAAACCAAGGCAGAGCUGGAAGAGGAUUUGAAGCAGAAUGGAGGAAAACUAGGAAUAUUCAAAAAAGAAAAAGCUGUUGGAAAAAAAGAUGGUGCUAAAUUAUGUGACGAUAAAGACUUGUACCGACAAAAGGAGGCCUCUGCAUUGAUAGAGCCAAUGUUAACAGCUGUGCUGGCUCGCUUAGAAGGGGUGCUGCAGGAGCACAAAAAUCAAGAAGUUGUUCUUAUCUAUUUCCAGGGCCUCUGCCACAGCAAGGACAUCCCAAAAGCCUUCAGAGAGGUCCGUCAGUACUGCUUACCCCAGGAUUUCAGGGGUUUAAUAGGGGAGCUGGGAGAGAUGGCAAGAAGGACAACAAGAUGGCACUGCUGGCCCAGAGUCCUUUCUAAAGUGCUGGCAAUAUGGCUGGCACAGAAACUAACUCAAAGGCUGCAGACGCUCGUGCCUCAGACACAAGGAAAUAAAGUGCUCAAGAAAAUGUCAUUGAUGAAAAAGACAUUAGAUAAGCCUGAGAGCAGUCUGAAGAGGCCUUUGGCUGCCCUACCUGGAACUGUGCAGGUGUACGAGUUUCUGCACGGGUCACCAUGGAAAGCAGAGAAGUUUUACUCUCAAGUUUCAAAGUGACAGAAGUGGUUUGUUUUUUUUGCUGGAAACACGAUCCACAAGACACGGGAGAUGGUGUUCCAUUGCAAGCUCCUGAAACCCUCACUCUAUAUGAACUAUUCAUUACCGAGCUCUGUUGUGUCCAAUAUGCCACCAGAUGUUUUGCAUGUUAAGAAGAGGUAAACACUCUGUCCUUUGCACAGCAUUUAGCCUCUGACAGAGGGUUCUUUAUAUUACGUUCGUGACUGAAGCCCCAGUGAACACCUGUCUUAUCUGCGUGAAUAUGCUAACCACUAUGAAAAUCUUGUUGCAAAUAAUACCUCACUUUCUUCAUGAACACAUUUAAUAUUUCAAAGUGUUGUGACAGCACAGGUGACAAACUGCGUGACUGCUGUUUACAAAAAGCCUCAAAUUUGCAUAGGAUUUUCUAAACACAGACAUUAAGCCAAAGCUUUCAUCCGAUUUCCACUUUUACUGCAAAUGUAAAAUGCGCUUUACUAACGAGAAGGUAACUGCAUUCAUAUAUUUAUCUUUUUGGCCUUUAGUGGACUUAAUAGCUUUUUAUAUUAAUAACUACUACUUAUGACUGGGGCUGCUUCUACAACUGUGUCUACAAGCGUGUUAUUGCAUUUUUUUUUUGCACACAUACUAUCUCCUGCAUUUUAAAAGUGAAGAAUAAUUAACAUUUUUGCUUUUUUUGUUGUAUUUUUUCCCAUUGUGCUUUUCACUAUGCUUAUUUAAUGAAUAGAAACAAAAUUCUGAACAUGAAUGGUAAGACUGGGCUGGGGGACUCAAUGAGACAGAAACAGAAAAAGCGAGUAUUAUUCAAAUUAUCCAACGGAAAACAUACAGUGCAGUGGUUACCUCAAAAUCUCAGAGCAUUAGAACAAGAAAACCGUGUCUGUGGUACUUUCCCAUGUCUUAUAUUUAUUGCAGGAGUUUUAUUAACUUCAACGGUGAACAUUAUGCAAAGUGAGUUUAAACAGAAAAGUGACAUCUAGUCUGGAUCUACAGACAAACGUGAUUGACCUUUGAAGAAGUGUUUGUUCGGUUUCACUAGUUAUUCCCUGAAGCUGUUUUCCCUUCUUAAGUAUUUUAUGGUGACAUUAGCCUGCGGCACUGUUUGCAUUAUAAGAAUAUGUUUUGAAUAAAAAACAGACUGCUUGACAAAAGAA